AUUUUAAUAUUUAUUGGCAAAUUUUAAAGUAAUGCCAAAUAUUGAAAAGCAUAGGGUUUAAGAAGCUUCCCCAGCUCCUGCUGCACCCGCUCGUCUGGCCCGUCUCACCGCCUUCUCCGACCGAGAUGGCUUCAUUCUGCAGAGCAGCUCUGCUGUCACGUGCGAGGUCCGUGACAUCCCGAUCCAGAACACUUCUUCCCAACUCCACCUCUGCGAAACCCACGCCCUCUUUGUUGUCUUCUUCCCCAGUACCCACCCCUUGCGCUUCAAGGGUCCUCUCGGCAUUGGGAAGUGUAGAAUCACUGAUGCCGCUUCAUAGCGCCAUUGCUUCUGCCCGUCUCAAAUCGAGCAUCGCCGCUGAUUCCUCUUGCUGGAGCUGGCUUUCUCAAGGGCUUGCAUUACCUUUGUGACAAGGCCCCAGGGGAUCUGUAUGGGGAAGUAAAUUGAUUAGGAUUUUCCUACAUUGCUUUGAGAAGAGAAAUGUUCUUCAAGUCUUGAAAUUUUGGACACUGUAUUGUGUAGCUUAUGCUAAAUUGUUUGACCCAGCUACUCCUUGCUGUUAUUUACCUCUUUUCCCUUUUUUUUUUUCUUGGAAUUGUUUAAUAAUAUUAUUGAAGGAAUUCUCUUGUUUUGUUUUUUGUGGUAUCUAUAAGGAAAAGUAAGUCUCAUUGUGAUUCAA